AUGGACUUCAGCUCCAGCCAUGCCGAACCCAUGGAAGCCCAUGAGAAGCCGUGCAAGACUUGCCGUCACCGCAAGGUCCGAUGUUCCAAGACUGAUCCCUGCACCAACUGUCAAAAAGCCGGCAUACCAUGUUCGUAUCCUGAAGAGCCCCAACAGGCCUCCAGGACAGCUGCAGCACUGGCGGAGAGAGUCCGGCAGUUGGAGGGGACCAUUGCGGAUCUCCAAAAUCAGCUGAGCGAGGGAUCGUCGUAUCGUGCCGAGGGCAUCCCGAGCCAGCCUCAAAGGCCAAAGGAUCGCGUCUUCUUGGUCGACGAGAUCGCUCGCGAUCCUUUCAGCAGACUUCCUCAGAUCAGAUGGGAUGUCGAGGCCGCCUGGAGAGGUCGUUUGGUCUCUUCCGGUGGCAGCUCACGUCAUCUCAUCCAUGCCUUCUGGGGAUCCAUGUACGAUGAGAUCGGCUCGCUGCAGUUUGUUCUCAACCAAGAUGCGCCCUCGGCAUCCCAAUGGCUGUUACAGACACCCGACUCUCCGUGGCAGCCGCUCUGUCUCCAACUCUGCCCCAGCCGCGCUUUACUACUGAUGAAAGCAUACAUCUUUAACGUCGACCAGUUCAUCCGCAUCCUGCACAAGGGUACAAUCUUGAAGCAGCUGAACCAUCUUCAGCGAGGUGUCGGCGACGCUGGCUCCGAGGUCCAGCUCAGCGCUAUCUUCAACCUUGCCGUGCUUAGUCUCACGGAGCAAGACUGUCUCGAAUAUUUUGCAGAAACCCGAGAUGCAUUGCUCAGGAGGUUCAAGCGCGACGUAGAGCAAGGUCUGGGGGUUUUGGAACUGACGACAACCCACAAGCUCAGUACCCUGCAAACACUUAUUCUCCAUAUCGCUUAUCUGGUUUGGACUGGCUCUAUCCUCCAUGCGAGCUCUUUGCUAGGUCUUGCUGUCCGCAUUGCCCAGCGGCUCGGCAUUCAUCGGGAUGGAGUCGGUCUCGGCCUCUCGCCAUGGCAGAUUGAGCUUCGGCGGCGUAUAUGGCACUUCAUGCAACUGGUGGACAGCUGGUGCAUGGAGAACCACGGGCUUGACAGUGCGGUGCAUCUUGGAUUUGCAGAUGUGCAACUACCUCAAAACUCCAACGACUCGGCCUGGGAUACCUCCGACUCCUCUACCUAUCGGCCGGUCGCAGACGAAGGCUUCACUGAUAUGACUCUGGCCCUGGUACAGUACGAAGCAGCAGCCCUGCUGCGGCAUGUCCUCGCACACAGCGCCCCAUAUAACGGGCAGGACCAAGAGUAUGCCGAGUACCACCACGAGCUGCGACGACAGGCAUGGGACGCGGUGCAAGAAAGAUAUAUCGAACGACUGGAUCUAAACACCCUCCAGCAGUCCUUGACAUUGGAUAUUGCAAAUCUGACUUUCCAGAGAAUCCAUCUCACACAGCUGAGGCCAUUGGCAAGAAACAGUGCCUGCAUCACAACAACAUACAAAGCACUUGAACACAGACUCGUCACCAUCGCCCUAGAUUUCUGCGACACCGUCCAAUCCAUCCGCGACAAAUACGCCCACCGCCGACUCGACUGGGCCAUCAUCCGCGUCUUCUCCUGGCACGCCCUCGCCACCGAGCUCUCCACCGUCCUGAGCAACGAUGCCCUCAGCACUUCACCGGAAGCGAAGCGUGCGCGGGAGAAGAUCGCCAAAGUCUUCCGGGACAGACCGAGCAUCGAUUACCUGCGCGGGAACGACAGUCUCUGGCAGCCGUUCAUCCGUUUACACGCGGAGCUGGAGAUGCGGCAACGGGCUGAUGAGCAGAUGGGGCAGGAGCAGCAAUUGCAGCAGCAGCCGAUGUGGGAUGCGAGCGGAGGCGGCCUGGACGAUCUGGUGGGCGAUGAUAAUUUGUGGCAAGCUUUUUGA